AUGUCUCAUAGAGGUUUAUCAGAUGUGAAAAGUGAAUAUUUGGAAAUAGGACAGUAUAAUUUUACGUGGCCCGGAGAAAAUGGAACAUUACAACACGAUUUCGGUUCUGUUAAUUACACCAUGCCGUCAGGACCAUGGUACUGGCCUUGGUGUCCUUUAUGGAGAGUUCCCCAGCAUCCACUUUUUCAGCUUUCAAAUAUGCUAUUUGUAGCAGCAUAUUGCGCCCCGAGUACAAAAAAAGGCCAACUGUGGAUGCAUACUAUUUUGAUUUUUAGUUUUAUGUUGUAUUCUGUCUGGGCUUGGCACGUCAUAUGUUCACCGGACGCCUUUUCCUGGAAUUUUGGAUUCGUAUUCUUGAAUUUAGCUCAAGUAGUCUAUUUAGUAUAUGAAAUGAGACCAGUCAAAUUUGACCCGGAACUUGAAGAGGUUUACCACACACUGUUUGAACCAUUUAAGGUGUCCAGACUCCAAUUCAAACGUAUGGUGUCCCCUGACUUCGCUCACGUGAUGUCCUUACACGCGGGUGAAGCUUACGCUAUGCAAAAUCUUACCAAGACCGAUCGACUUGGAUUAUUGUUAUCUGGAAAGGUGAACGUAAUGAGCGGACAUCAAUUUUUACAUCCAAUUUUGCCUUGUGAGUUUCUGGAUUCUCCUGAAUUUGAAUCUAGUAGAGCUACAAUCGACGAAAAAUUUAAGGUUUCAAUAGUAGCUGCAUCAUCAUGUCGCUACGUAUACUGGCAGCGCAGUUCAUUAGAAUACUUAUUUGUAAAAGAGCCGUAUCUAGCGUGCGUAGUGACGACAUUGAUCGCACGCGAUAUCACGACAAAACUGUACGCAAUGAAUAGUAAAAUAGUCACCGAGAGGGGCGCCCAUUUAGAUAUACGAUUGCCGAGUAUAUCGCACGCUCUCGCCAGAAGUCCAAGGAGAUUGCGAUCUGCGAACAAACCGCCGCCUCCGACUACCGUACAGCCGGUACCCCCAGAGAAAAGGCCAAGUUACUGGACAAAGGAGAGCGAUAAUACUGGCUUGAAUAUAGCAAAGCGUAAUGGAGUAGCUAGUUGUUAUCCCGAUGGGGAUGAGGAGUUGAUACCACUCGCCAGCAAUGAAGCGCCCACCGGUUCUUCUGACGAGCUUUCUAUAGCCGAUAGCUGUCCGGACACUUCCUCCAAGUAUCACAGCUGUGAAGCGGUAGAAACUGAUGAUGAACUCAGGCAU